UGAGUUCGAUCCUCACACGGGGCAGGCAUUUUUCUAUCCCAUUUAGGAUGACAAAGAAAAAUACAUAUUCAAUUAUACAUUGUAUUUCAAGUUUACCCAACAAAUGUUUUUAAGUAUUAUAUAUAUUUAUGUAUAUAUAUAAACCGAAUCAACCAUAAGUGCAUUUUUCUUCGGCGCCGUCUGAUCUCCCAAGUCGUACGAACACAGUAUCCGGAGGUCUCUUGUUGCUGUUGCGUUCUGUACGGGAUGACAACACAAUGAGCAGGCUACUGUAGUGUACGCCCCACCACGCAGAGCCGAAGAGGAAGAGGAGAGUGCAAGAGGGUGCGCGGUUGAAGGGUAGUGAUGUAAUGUUGAUCUGUCAGUGAGUGAGUACGGAUGGCUGCGUGUGCCAGGCUUUGCGGAGUUGGGCAGUCGCGGAGGUGCAGAAGGCGACAGCGAAAGAACCAGCGAGACCCCGACACAGACCCCGAGCUCGAUCUGGAUGAGGAGGAAGAGCGGAUAGUGGGAACAAUGCAAACGGAGGGCAGUGCGCGGUGCACGGCCGACACCGAUGCAUCAUCAGGGCCGGGGAAGGCAGCGAUUUCAAUUCCUGGUGCUGCUACAGCAGCUGGCAGUAGUGUAAAUGGUCUUGGAUUCGAACCUCCAAACACCACAAAGCCGACCCGCAAUACUUUAAUGGAUCUGCCUCCUGAGAUUCUGGUCGAAAUAUUCUCUUCUCUCCCCGGAACAGCGCUACCAAACCUGGCGCUGGUCUGCAAGAAAUUCCGUCAGAUCCUGAAUACCGAGACGGUCUGGAGAAGACGGUGCAUGGCUGAGUUCGGUAUGUGUGAAGAUCUGCGGAAAAUGGAAGUUGUGGGCCUAUCCAGCAAGGAUCUUUAUGUGAAACGUAUUAACCCGCGAGUGAAGUCAGGGCGCUUUAUGAAGCUCCUUCCUGACUAUGAGCACAUGGACUACCGGGAUGUGUACACCCACUUGUUGCACCCAAACAGACACAUCCUGGGUUUGUGGCAGCCUGAUAUUGGACCCUAUGGAGGGUUGCUCAAUGUUGUGGUGGAUGGCUUCUUCAUCAUCGGCUGGAUGUUCCUGCCCCCCCACGACCCCCGAGUGGAUGAUGUCAUGAGGCGCAGGCCCCUGUUCCGCAUUCACAUGUGGGAGACGAGCAAGGCCACUGUGGAGUGCAUGUAUGGACACAAGGGACCACACAAAGGAGACAUCCAGAUAGUGAAGAAAGAUGAGUUUUCCACCAAAUGCAACCAGACAGAUCACCACCGAAUGUCAGGGGGGAGGCAAGAGGAGUUCCGCACAUGGCUAGAGGAGGAGUGGGGCCGCACUCUGGAGGAUAUCUUUAAUGAGCACAUGCAGGAGCUCAUCCUGAUGAAGUUCAUUUACACCAGCCAAUACGAUAACUGCCUGACCUAUCGUCGUAUCUACCUCCCCCCGUACCUCCCGGGUGACCUGCUCAGACCGGGGCUCUUCAAGGGGACUUACGGGAGCCACGGGCUGGAGAUCGUCAUGCUCAGCUUCCACGGCAGGCGGGCCAAGGGAACCAAACUCACUGGGGACCCCAAUGUCCCAGCAGGCCAGCUGACCCUGGAGAUUGACCUCUCCCGACCCAUCCAGCUCCCAGAGAUCGAGAAGCAGCGCAGCAUGGAGGAGCUGUCCCGCCUGGUGCUGGAGGUCCAUGAGCAAGUGCAACGAGAGAGAAAUCCUGCCCAGAGCGAGAGCACAGAGCCAGAGCCAGGGGUUGAGGGACAGGAAGGAGGAGGAAGAGAGGAGAACCAGAAUGGACUGGGAGCAGCCCCUGCCACCCCCACCGCCACUGAAGGUGCCGAAGCCAGCGCUAGUCCACUCCCAGCUCCACAGCCCUUUGUCCUGCCACUGGGAGUCAUGGCGCGGAAUGAAGUUUACCCACGCACGUGCAAAAUAUGUUUCUAUGGGACGGGGCUGAUCGCAGGCCACGGCUUCACCAGUCCGGAGCAAACCCCGGGGAUAUUCAUCCUGUUCGAUGACAACCGCUUCGGUUUCAUCUGGCUGGAGCUCAAGUCUUUCAGCCUCUACAGCAGAAUCACGGAUACACUGCAGUACGCAGAGGCCCCCACCUUGGAGGCGUUUGAAGAAAUGCUGAAGAGUAUGCAGUCUUGGACCUCCUGACAAGCCAAAUCUCCAAACACGGGGGGGAAUUACAAGAAAGAAAGCAAAUAAUAAGUUGUGAUAAAAAAAGCAAAACACUAAAGCAAGCCUGACCUCGGUACCUCUCCGUAGAAGCAUGCAUUUUACACUGCUUUUAAAGGUAAAAGAAAAUAAAAACAUAUUAACGAUGAAGUACAUUUAAAAAGGUCAUUUUGAUGUGUAGUCAGAAGGUUUGAUGAGGCUAGAGUCUAAUCAUUUAAAGCUAUGAAUCCCCCAUCGCCUUUUAUUUUCUAGAAAGCUGCUGGAAUUGCCGUUCUCAGAAAUAGUUUCACGCUUCGAUUGCAAUCAUUCUCUGUGGUUCUCAGUGUAAUUUCUCAAAUACCGUGCUUUUUGUCUUUUUUGGUCCGUCUGUGUCAAUGUGCUUUUAGUUUAGGAGCUGCCCUUCAGAUCUAGCAGCCUGCCAUAGACAUGUAAUGUAAGCUAGAUCAGCCAAAUACUUAAUAGAAGUUAGAGCCAUCAGCAUCUAUUGAUCUGCGACUUUGGAUCGUUUUGCUUUGCUGGAAUACACUGCUGUGCACUAGAUGGUGCUGCUGUUUACUAAUGUAAAGACAAUAAGGCUGAUCUAGUUUACAUUACAGCUAUUUAUGGCUGGCAACUAGAACUAAAGAAAAGCACCUUGAAUACCAUAAAAAGGUAAAAGAAUAACAAAAAAAACUUCAGAAAAUGUUUAAACAUUGGGUGACAAUUUUAUUUGCACAAAAAGCAGAUGGAAAACUAAAAAAAAAGGUGUGUGUGAGAAAGACAACUGGAGAUAGCGAACUAAUUAAAAUACAUGUUGGUUUGCUAUAACCCUAUAUACAGUAUAUAUAUAUAUAUAUAUAUAUACGCACUCUAAAAACAACUAGGUAGGGGUUAAACUAACAUUUUGCCUGCUUUUAAUACAAUUGUAAUCAUGUUUAGAUGAUCAUCAAACUUUAACUGUAACUAAUUUGAACACCACUUCAGUGUUGCUAAUAAUUCAUUUGGUAUAGAAUCUACCUCUGGGUGUUGCAUUCCUGCCCAGAUUUCCCUCGAGUGUCUACUGGAUUAAAGUGAGUGUAGCUAACACAUAUUUCAGAGAUCCUGCAAUUCCAUUCAGCACACAGCUCUCAAAUGUGCAGUUUUGAAAGAACCACAUGUUAAAGCAAAUAAUUAGUUUAAUUUGAAAAGCUGAUAUCUGGUAUUACACUACGUUCAGGUACAUGUUGGUCAUUUCCCCUAACACUCUACCACUUCCACACUUUUAUUCCCGUCAUGAACCAACCUACUUGACUGAUAUGCCAGGACAUUCCUUGGCCCAGAAGACACCGCUGCAGGGAAAGGACCUAGGAAAUGAAGCAAUAAGAGACUUCCUGAGAAAAAGGCAUGGAAACUUUAUUUAACUCAGUGUAGUACCAGAUAUGAAAAUGCAUGUUAGCUACAACAUGUGUUUAUUUCAGAACUGUACCUUUAAGACCUAUUUACCCAAUGGCAGUGCACGACAUGUAAGAUUUAGGGACUGUAAGAUUUUAUUUUGUUAGCUUCAACAUCUUUUAAAGGCUACUGUGAAGUCGGUAGUGCAUACCUGUUUUUUCUAGAAUGUAUACAUUCAAAUGAAACAUGUUUCUGAAGCUGAGCUACACUUCAGUUGGAGGUUAAAAAUCUUUGUCAAUGCUAAAAUCUCCUUUAUAAAUAAUGAUAAUAAUAACACAAGCUUAAAAUUCCACUUGCGAUUGCAUUUUAAUGUUAGUCACCCAUGUAUUAGUAAAUAUUAUUUUUUUAUUCGUUAUUGAUACAAGGAGAUUACAAGUGCAUCUGUGACAGAACGAAUGUUGGUGAAAAUUUAAUUUGUAUUGUUUUGUUUGCUUGUUUGAUUUUUAUUGCCAACAAUUUAUUUUACUUUCUAUUUAUUGUAAAUCUGAAAAAUAUUAUAUAUAUAUAUAUAUAUAUAUAUAUAUAUAUAUAUAUAUAUAUAUAUAUAUAUAUAUAUAUAUAUACACUACCGGUCAAAAGUUUUAGAACACCUCAAUUUUCCCAGUUUUUAUUGAAAUUUACGCAGUUUAAUGUCUCAGUGUACUCUGAAAUUAAAGCAUAGAACAAAUAAACAAUUGGAGAUAAAAAAAGAAAUCAUGGAAUCGUUUUGUUUAACAAAAUUUAAUCUAAAUUUUUGACUCGUCAAAGUAGCCACCUUUUGCAGAUAUAACAGCCGAACACACUCGUGGCAUUCUUUCUACAAUGGAAAUCAAAUAUUGUUCGGAAAGUUCUUCCCAACACUGUUGCAGAAGUUCCCACAAAUGUGUUGCACUUGUAGGUUGCUUUGCUUUCACCCUUCUGUCCAGUUCAUCCCAAACCAGCUCGAUGGGGUUUAAGUCUGGAGACUGUGCUGGCCAUUCCAUGAUUUGAAGCCUACCGUCUCUUUCUUUUCUUCUAAGGUAGUUCUGACAUAGCCUGGAGGUAUGUUUUGGGUCAUUAUCUUGCUGUAGGAUGAACCCCUGACCAACUAGGCGUAUACCAGAGGGUAUUGCAUGGCGCUGCAAAAUGCUGUGGUAGCAGUUUUAGUUCAGGGUGCCACUCACUCUGUGCAAGUCGCCGACUCUGGAUCCAGCAAAAGAGCCCCAGACCAUCACGCUUCCUCCUCCAUGUUUGACAGUUGGUGUCACACACCGAGGAACCAUCCUUUCGCCUACUCGACGGCGUACAAAAACCCUGCGUGAUGAACCGAAGAUUUCAAUUUUUGAUUCAUCGGUCCAUAAGACCUUCUUCCAGUCUUCAGUAGUCCACUGGCGGUGCUUCAUGGCCCAGGCAAGCCUCUUUUUCUUAUUUUGCCAUCUUAGCAAUGGCUUUCUUACUGCCACUCGACCUAUCAAACCUGCAGCUCGAAGUCUUCUCUUCACAGUUGAAACUGAGACUUGUUUACUUCGACCAGUGUUAAGCUGUGCUUGAAGCUGUUGUCCUGUGAGCUGCCUGUCACGCAAGCUGUUGACUCUCAGAAACUUGUCUUCUGGUUCUGUUGUGGCUUUGGGUCUGCCAGACCUCUUCCUGUCAGAGUUUCCUACAGUUUCCAAGUGCCUUUUGAUGGUGUAGGAAACUGUACUCACUGACAUCUUGGCUUCCUUUGCAAUUUCUCUAAAGGAAAGACCUACACUUUUAAGGGUUAUAAUGGUCUGUCUGUCUUCCUUUGUUAAUUGCCUUUUUCUCGCCAUUAUGAGAGCAAUAUACUACUUCCUGCAGUACAAUACUGUCCAAAUAAUGCUUAAGCGGGUGUAGUAACACAGUCUGUUCCAACACUGCUUUUAUACAGACAGAGGGUUUGUAAGUAAUCAACAAAAGUUGGGACACCUGUAGGAAUUGUUAGCAUCAACUUUCAAGGCUUAAUUUACUUCCAUUGCUGCAGAACAGCUGUAAGUUGUUAACCCAUUACUUGUUCCCUGAAAAAGGCCUUUUUGUAUAACUCUGAAAUGUGUACAUUAUUUUUCAGUUUUUGGUAACCUAAACUUUUUUUUUUUAACCUCUGGCAGUUUACCGCUUACCUUUGAACCAUUUCAGGUUAUUCACUGGACUUGAACUGCUUAAAUUUCAAUAAAAACUGGAAAAAUGGGGGUGUUCUAAAACUUUUGACCGGUAGUGUAUAUAUAUAAUAUCGAUAAGCAUUAUGGGGUAAGCAAAUGCCAAAGCCCAAAAUAGGUAACAUCAGAUAAACACAAUUUAGAUAUCUGCCUACAUAAAGUAUAUUUUGUGGUAAGUUUUAGAAAAAAAUAGCAAACCCACCUGAUAGUAUUAAAAUCUAAAGAGGUCAUUAUUGAACUGUACUUGUUCCCAGCAAACAGGGCCUUUUAGACUCUUCAUUGUAACUGUGGCUUAGUUUUAAGCAGCAAAAGGGAUCCCAUCCCAUUUUAUAAUGGCACUAAUACCCUCCACACAUGAAAUUACCUGUCAGAUUAUUGACCUUUCACCUAUCAUUAAAUCACCUUGGUCUGUAAUCUUACAGGUCAUUCCCACUGGUCUGCUGGUAAUAGUAAUGCUUGUUCCUGAAUCUUUAAAUGAAUCAUACAUUAUAGCAAUGUUGCUACUGUAUUUCUUUUCCCCACUCCCGGGCAAAACUGUGUUUUACUUAUGAAGACGAGCCUUUACAUGGAAAUCACCAAUACUGGUAAAUUAAUAAUAGGACAUCAAUUUUAUUUUAAGGACUAGGAAUGAAAUAUGAAUAGAUUUUACCUGGAUAAACAUUUUGCAAAACAAAUAAUAUGCCAAAUAAUAAUAUAUACAGAAUAAUAGAAUCAGGUGGCUUGGUUUUUGUAUGAUCCUAUGUUGGAAAAAUGUUCUUGAAUUUUGCAUAAAAUCUAUUUAUUUAUCAUUCCCUUGUGUGCUUUAGUUUGGUGCAAUUUAAUAGCAAUGCUAACAGAUGACAAUCGCCCUGUAUUGCAAACCAAAAUUGGGUUACCAGCUUGCAUUUCCUCCUGUGUCAGUGAACCUGGCUCUUUCAAAGACAUCUGAUUGUGGGUUGUUGUGUUUUAGCACUGGCGCCAUUAAUGGAGGACCUAGAGUCGAUUCACUUGGUGGAUUUCAAUACCGCUCCAUUUAAAUAAGUGACAUUAAACAAAGCAGUCAUGUAAAAAGAUACCCAUCUCAGUGGCUCACUUUGUAAAGGCACUACCGCAUGGAGUGCAGGCAGAGCUUGCUGGUUCUAAUCUUGCUGCAGAGUUGCCACGCUUGGCUGGGGGCUCACAGUGGCUUUUGCACCUCUUUGCAUUAGGGAGAGAAAUGGGGGAUUGUGGCAAUCUCUGUAAGUACUUACCUACAAAUUACAAUAUAAUGGUGGGUUGUCUUUGGCAAGUGGAAGUCUCUUAGCCUUAAUAAAGCCACUUAGGCAGGUUCCUAUGCAGAAGGGCUCGGGCUCAUGUGAAACUGUAAAGGAUGCGAAUAGACUCCCGCAUUUUAAGUGCACUUUUUUUUGCAGGGCGCCAUACAGUUUAACAAAACUAGACAAGCAUAUCAUUAUAUAUGUAAUCAGAAUCCCAUGUAGCUUACUUAUUUGAUAUGAAAUCUGUUUUGCAGUGUGCUGUGCUAUAUGUUCAUGAAGAAUCUUGAUUUCAUAUAAACAUUGAUUUAUUACUUGUAAUAGGUGAUUUUUGUUUUCUAUUUAUGUAAACUGCUGUUUGGUUUUCUGAGUUGUGUUUUUUUCUUGUGUUUUAUUAUAUAUCGGCAAAGAAUAUAAAAAAAUAUUUAGUUUUAGAAAAGUUUUAAAGGGGAAGCUUCUAAAUGUGAUAAGAAAUGUCAUUUUCAAGACCGUUUCACUGGCUGGGGGCAAGAACAAUAGCAUAGAGAUACAACUAUUUGUCUUUUAUCUUUAAUAAGCAUUCGUUAAUCUUUUAAUUGCCAGGAUGUCCUAUUUGUAGCCUCACAAAGCUAGCCCCUUAUAAAAGUUUACCACAAUAAAUCAGCACUGUCUUUUUUGCAGUUUUCCAGUGGUUAUACUAUGCUUAUAUAUUUACUGUUGAUCAUAAAACAUGAUUAUUCAUAUUGCCUGUUCUAUCUCUACACUGCUAAUGUAUACGGAAUUCAUUUUGGUAUGUAAAAUUAAUUAUUUAUAAAAAAAACAUUUCUAAGCACAUAUAUAAGAUUAAUAUAACAAUGAAACAGCAUAUUGAGUAACAAGAAGUGUUUAUGAAUACAUGUUUGCGUUUCUAUUUUUUUUAUUAUUUAUUUCAAUUUUCAUUUCUGCUGCUUUUAUUUAAAUGAAGUACUUUAGAAUGCAGGGCUUCAUGUCGUAUUGCUACCUUUCACCCUGGAUUCUCUCGAUCAUUCGUUUUUAAAAUUCGAGUCAAGAAACAGUUUGUUGAGUUUAACAAUCGGUUGUUUGCCAUUAGCGUCACUGUUAGUAACAACGAUCAUUUACUUUUAACAACGUGCCCAGCCACUGGUUUACACUGCCGUGAAGAAGAAUUGCUGGUUCGUUGCUAUUAUACACUGUUUUAAGAACCCUUGACAUCCUAUUGCAACACAUAGCAAACAUUAAAGCCUUCUAAACGUGUAACGCCUAGCGUCAAUGUGCCAAGGAAACAUGAUGGAGGAUAUAAUAUACAGACUGGCCAAAAAUAAACACAAUGUGUAAAACAAACAAGAUAUUGACGAGUUUUGAGCUAUUUUCGUAAGGCAAGCUUCCCCUUUUAAGUCUUGAAGUUUAUUUCAGCUGCUGUAUCCGUUAUGUUAUGUAAUCCGUUUCAACCCUUGAUAUGUAUUUACAUGUCUAUAUAAAAGUAUUACAAAGUUGUAUCACUUUUACACUAGAAUUUCAGGGAGCUUUAAAGUAUGCUUUAUCAGUUCUCAAUAAAAAAAGCAAACAAUUAAAAUAUUAAAAA